GCUUCUCUCUCCGUGUUUUUUUUGUUUUGUUUUCAGUAACAUUCUUCAAAUUAUUUCCAUUUCCUUUUUCUUUUCCCGCCUCCUGGUUUUUGGCCGGGGGUUCGAGUUUUUAAGAUGGAUAUCGAGCAAAAGCAAGUCGAGUUCAUCGAUCACUUCGUUAAGCAAUCGUCGGCUCAGAAGGGGACGACCCUUGUUUCUGUUAUCGUCGAAGCGACGUCUCAUCCUUCACUCUUCGCCUUCUCUGAGAUUCUUAUCGUGCCUACCGUCGCUGAGCUUGACGGAACUGAAAACUCGGUGUACCUGGAGGUGCUUCGGUUGUUUGCCUAUGGCACAUGGAGCGAUUACAAGAGCAAUAGUGGCAGCCUUCCUCAACUGGUCCCUGAUCUAGUUCUCAAGUUAAAGCAACUCACUGUCCUUACACUUGCUGAGACGAACAAGGUAUUAUAG